UUAGAGUGAAAGAACCAACAAAUCAACAAUAAACCUUUUUACAAAGGCAGAGCAGCAAAAGUAAGUGAGUGAGUGCGCGAAGAGAGAGAAAAUGGCACUAGCAAGCAGAGUAGCGAGGGAGAAGGUAGCAACAGCCCUUCAAUGGCGGCUUCCUUCAAAUCUUCUUCAAACCUUCAAUUUCAGCACCGAAUCAUCUUCUGCAACUGCAACUGCUACUACCACUACAAGUGAAGCAUCGAAGAACACCAAAAGAAGGAAGAAUAAGAAUCUCUUCGAAGUUGCGCAGUUCUUGCCCAACUGGGGUCUUGGCUAUCACAUGGCCAAAACCCAUUGGACCAAUGUUUCGUAUGAAAUCACCAAGAUUAAUCUUUACAAGGAUGGUAGGCACGGGAAGGCUUGGGGGCUUGCUUAUAAAGAUGGCAUUCCAGCUCCUGCUCCAAAGAAAAUUAGUGGAGUUCACAAGCGCUGUUGGAAAUAUAUUUCCAAUCCUCUUAAAGUAGAGGCCGAGCCAAAGCCUGAAGCUGAGGCAGCUUAACUGAGGCUACAUGCAUCACUUACAUAAUUGCCUAUCAUUUGUGGUUGUUUGUCUCACUUCAGUAGGCCCUUGUAUGGCUGUCAUUUGUUUGUGAGCUGUGACUGAAGAAUUUUAUAUGAUGCUUGCUUCAUCACUAUCAUAGACAGAAUUUAUGUAGGAAUCACAUAGAGGUCUUGACGCAAGAUGAUGUCAAGCAUUUUGCCAAGUUCUGUUUUGUGGCAUAGAUGCCAAUAUUUUCUUUUCCAGUUAGAAAUACCUAAAAUAAUUAUUCAUUUCCUUUUAUCUGGUUGGCUAUUCUUUGUGUCAGCAUAUUUAUCUUCACUAGAAAAGGAGAAGCUCAAUGUAUAACUAGCAAUGAGCCUCUGUGAGACUCUACCAUUGACACAACUUUUCAAAUUGAAGCCAUUUUUGAAAUUUACUAAA